AUGGCCCGGAUAUCCAUCCCCAUCGACGUGCUCACGUCGCGCCUCAACGUGGGCGACCGCCUCGCCAGCCUGCGCUCGGGCUCGCUGACCAGCCGCUUAUCGAACCUGCGGCCCCUUUCUGAGUUCCUCGACCUCAAGCGCAUGAACAAGCCUGACAACUUCGGCGAGAUGCAGUCGCGCAUUAACUACAACCUGGGCUACUUCUCGAGCAACUACGCCUUGGUCUUCUGCCUGAUCGCCGUCUACAGCGUCGUCACCAACUGGCUGCUACUCUUCGAUAUCAUAUUCGUCACGGCUGGCAUGUACUUCAUCGGCAAGAUGGAGGGCCGCGACUUCGAGUUCGGCCAGAACCGCUGGUCGACCGUCCAGCUCUACACCGGCCUCUGGGUCAUUGCCAUUCCCAUCGCUCUCAUCUCUGGUGUUCUCGGCACGAUGAUGUUCCUUAUUGGCGCCAGCGGCGUGGUCAUCCUGGGCCACGCUGCCCUUCUUGACAAGCCGAUCGACGAGGCUUUUUCCGGGGAGGCGGUCAGGGACAGCGAGGAGGAGGAUGAUGUCGUGUACAAGGAGGAUGGAGAGGGUGCCCUUGUGCCGCGGAAGUCGUCCGGGGCACUACGGUCACGGAGAGGCUAUUACGACGAGACUUCGGAGGAUGAUGAUUCAGACGACAAUUCGAACGACGACAGCGAUGAUGACGACCACGUUCGCCUGCCUCUUCUGACCCCAGAGGAAGAAGAAUUGGCGGACCGCGCGGAGCGGCGCAUCCGCAAGGCCCACGCCAAAGGCCGCACCGACGUCAAGCUCAGCAAGGAGGAGCUGGCCGCCUACCAGAAGCGCCUGCAAUUACUGCAAGAACAAAAGCGCCGCCGUCAGCGCCGUCAGCGCGUCGCCAUCCCGCUUACCCAGCUCAGCUCCAGCACCGCGGCUCUCCCUCAGCCGCCGGAAACUAAGGAACUCCCUUCGUCUGAGGAAAACAGCAGCGGCUCUGCUGACAAUGCUGACACCCGGGAAAUGUCUCCCGAACUAGGAAGCGACAUUUCCCCUCCACGUCCGGGACCACAGCAACAACAGCAACAGCAACAACGCACCCGCUCACGCUCAGGCACCGUUUCGUCGACCCGCUCACGCGCCUCCCGCAACCCAGGAAGCAGAGCCCCUAGCCGCGCACCGAGCGAGCGUGAGCCGUCUUCCUACGGCCGCCGCUCGGAGCUGGCUGUCGGCUCUACUGCUACUCUGGACCCCUUCCAAUAUAUGACUAUGGGCCCCGCGCCAAACGUUUCGACCUCGUCGCUCGGCCUGCCGGGCGCGUAUCGCUCGGGCCCGGCGUCUGUGAGGGGCAGCGUGAAUGACUUGACCGCCACGACGAUGCCGGCGGUGGAUAUGGAUGCGUACGCGAGCUAUGGAUCGGGGCCACUUCCCGAGGCUGCUGGUACCAACGGGUACACCAACGGCAACGGGAUGACGGGGCUGUCGGGGGAUAGUGAGCCAUUCAGCUCGUCGGAUGACGGUGGAGCCGCUGUGCCUGCUCCUGUCUCGGUGACGGUUGAGAAGAGCAGCAGCGGCAGUAAGUCGUCGUCUUCGGCGAGGGAUGGGCAUCACCAUCGCAGCAGCCGGAGCAGCAAGGAGGGCAAGGUUUCAUCGUCGUCGACGAAGGAUGGGCAUCAUCAUCAUCGUAGUAGCCGGAGCAGCAAGGAGGUCAUGGCUGCUGCUGCUGCGUAA